UAAAAUUUUAUUUUAAAAAAAUAAAAUAAAAUGCCUUCAACUCACCGUUAAUUGUCGGAUUUUUAUGAUUUUAACCUCCAAUUCAUCCUUUGAUACCGGCAACGGCCUUUCGACUCAAAUCCUUCAACUUGCAGUUAAAACCGCACAGAAAAGGUUCACAUCGUUGAGCGUACACAACGUGUUUGAUAUAAUAUCCCAGAGACGUAAACUUCCUCUGCCAGCUAUGUUGCUCUAUGAUCUCUAUGAUGGGUUCAAGGAAAUCCUCAAGAUUCAAAAGUUUGGCAGACUUGUUUCCUACACUGGGUUCUUCUGCUUCGCUGCUCUUAUAAGCUAUGCCAAUACAAGCAACACAACUAGAGCUGGGUAUUCGAGAGCUGACCAAUUCUAUGCAUCUUAUCCUGCUGGAACUGAACUUUUAACAGACACGGCUAAGUUAUAUAAAGCAGCACUUGGCAAUUGCUUUGAGACAGAAGAUUGGGAUCCAAUUGAAUUCUGCAUCAUGGCUAAACACUUUGAACGUCAAGGGAAAUCACCUUACGCUUAUCAUGCUCAAUACAUGGCACACCUCCUUUCCCAAGGUCAACUUGAUGGAAGCGGCUAGAAGGAGCUAUGAUCAUGAGGGUGAUCCGCUGCUUGAAGAUGUGAACAAACAACUACUCAUUGCAAUGUACAUGAAAAUCAGAUUCAUGCAAGGCUUAGUGAAAGGAAAACCUGAAGUUAUGUUUCUUUGGAUUCCAAGUGAUUUUUCCUCUUAUACAAGAACUCAUGCUGACACCUUCAUUAUCAUAUGACUAUUUUACUACUAUUUAAUCUUUGAUACUCUGAAUUAGUCUUUUCUUUUCUUUUCUUUUAACAUUGGAAAUUUGGGAAAGGGUUGGAAGUUCGUUCAACUCUACUUAAAGUACUGUUUGGUAUUAUUGUCAACAAAUAAUAAAUUACAAAUAUUAUU